AUGUGUGCUAUGCCACCGUCGACUGUAUUCGUUAUUAGCGUAUUCAUCAGUAAAGUAGAUCUUACGUACCAGCACAUCACACUCAUGGCACGGCGGUUAUAUUUCGAUUUAAUUCUCUUUAUAUGUAUAUUCGCUACUAUAAAGACGAUGGAAUUGCCCGAUCAACACAAUCUCUCUGACAAUGACAUUGAAGCAGCAAGAGAUCUGUAUUAUCCAUCUGAACAACAUGAUACAAUGGCUUAUAAUCAUGUGAAAUACGCGGCGCAAGAUCCCUUACCUUCUCCUGAUUAUUUACGUGCUCGAUGGAUCGAACUAUAUCACAAAAUGAAACAAAAUCAGCAAACUUAA